UUCAACCCUGCUUUUUCUUUCUCCACUGGACAGUGGCAGAGUGUUUGUCAAGCUUUGUACAGAGCAGACCACUGGACUGCCCAUUAACUUCACUGUGACUGUUAGGGAUACUACACGAUAAAUAUGGCUCUACCCAUAGAUCCCAUGGAGGAGCCCCGCAUGUACCAGCAAACACUGCUGCAAGACGGCCUCUAUGAUCUUCUGGAGAGUGAUAUGAUGGUAGACUGUGUGUUGAAGAUUAAAGACAAGGAGUUUCCCUGCCACAGGCUGGUCCUGGCUGCCUGCAGCUCCUACUUCAGAGCUUUCUUCAAGUCAGGGGUGGAGGAGAGCAAACAGAGGGAAAUUGUAUUGGAAGAUGUGGAACCUGGUGUUAUGGGCAUGAUCCUCAAGUACCUCUACACCUCAAACAUCAAUGUGACAGAGCAGAACGUGCAGGACAUCUUUGCUCUGGCCAACAUGCUGCAGAUACCUUCAAUUUUCACGGUAUGUGUCUCAUUCCUGCAAAAGCGACUGAGUUUAUGUAACUGUCUGGCCAUCUUUCGCCUGGGCCUAAUGCUUGACUGCCCUCGUUUGGCCAUUUCAGCACGGAACUUUGCUUGCGAGCGUUUCCAAUUUAUAGCCAGAGAUGAGGAAUUUCUGCAACUGAAUCCAAGUGAGUUGGCGGCUAUUAUCGCGUCAGACUCUUUGAAUGUUGAGACGGAGCAGGACGUGUUUGAAGCUUUAAUCAAGUGGGUGGGAUAUGACCAAGAGAAACGGCUAGAAGACCUACCAGUUCUGCUGGACUGCGUGCGGUUACGUCUGGUUCCUCAAGAGUACUUUGCCAAAAAUGUUGAGAAACAUGAGUGGUUGAGCUCUAAUCCAGAGAUCUCCAAGAAACUGCAGCUGGUCAAAGACGCCCAUGCUGGGAAGCUUCCAGAAGUCAAGGCCAAAAGCAAAAAGAGUGAAGACAAGAAGGAUGGUGAUGGAGAUGAAGAGGGGGAGGAAGAGGAGCAGGAGGAGCUACUUCCUGGCAUUCUGAACGACAAUCUGCGGUUUGGGAUGUUUCUAAGAGAUUUGAUCUUUUUGUUAAGUUAUAGUGCAGCAGCGGCUUAUGACCCAACAGGAAAUGACUGUUAUGUGGCAGCACUCUCCACCCAAAUCCCCAAAAAUCACUGCAGCCUGGUCACCAAGGAAAACCAGAUAUUUGUUGCAGGUGGACUUUUUUAUGAUGAGCAAAGCAAAGACGAACAGAUCUACUCAUACUUCUUGCAGUUUGAUCCUGCGAGUUCAGACUGGAUGGGAAUGCCUCCCAUGCCCUCUCCCCGCUUCCUUUUUGGGAUGGGCGAAGCAGAGAACUCUAUCUAUGUGAUUGGAGGGAGAGAAAUGAAGGAAGGAGAACACAUUUUGGAUACAGUCAUGGUUUAUGACAGGAAGUUUCUUAAAUGGGCAGAAUCAGAUCCUCUUUCUUACCCAGUAUAUGGUCAUGGAACAGUGUCUCAUAAUGAAAUAAUCUAUGUAAUCGGAGGAAAGGGGGAGAACAAAGAGUGCUUGAAGAGAGUAUGUGCUUAUGACACUAAGAAACGGCAGUGGACUGAUCUCGCUCCCUUGAAUACUGCACGGUCACUGUUUGGUGUCACCAUCCAUAAAAACAAGAUAUAUGUGGCUGCUGGUGUCACAGACACUGGCAUUACAGGCAGCUCUGAGGUCUAUGACAUCAAAACAAACAAGUGGUCAGAGUUUGUGGAGUUUCCCCAGGCCCGAAGUUCACUCAGCCUGGUCACUGUGGCCGGUGUUCUCUAUGCUGUGGGUGGAUUUGCCAUGUUCCCCAAAGAGGACAGUGAUGAACUUCUGCCCAAAGAGAUGAAUGACAUCUGGAGGUAUGAUGAGGUGGAGAUGAACUGGAAUGGAAUACUAAGAGAGAUUCGUUACGCAUCUGGUGCCACGGUUUUGGGAGUUCGACUGAACACUCUUCGGCUCACUAAAAUGUGACAAGUGACAUCCAAUGAUUACCAAAAAGGCCACUCAAAGAAGUUACUUGUGGCAAGAGACAACUUUUUUUUUCAACCGUUUCAUUUCAGAUAAGCUGAUUUCAAAACAGUUUGAACAAAACAGUUAUAAUAUUAUGGGUCAAAAUGAAAGUCUACAACAGUGCAAGUCAGAGAACAAAAUAAGUGUUCUGAGACUCAUUCCAUGAAAAUAAAUGAUAAUAAUUAACAGGGAUGAAAACUAAAUGUUUUUCAUUUUGAUUCGUUCUAAGCAGAAACUGUAUUUUUAGUUCCGGUUCCAGCGUUCCACUGCCUCGUUUCCAAUUGGUAAUGUUAGAACGAAAUUAAAGAACGGUUAAUAACGUUCCUUUUUCUUUUCUUUUUUAAUGACAGUACUCUGUGCUAUGAGUGAGUGAUGUACCAGUUGCAUUGUUACCACUUACCAGAUCUUUCUUUAAAAAAAAAAAAAAUAAAUAAAAAAAAAAAAAAAAGGACCUAGUCUGGAAAACACACUCAAAAUAAGGGACUUGCCUCAACCGAAAUAAGUGAUAUUAAGCAAUUAAAUUUUUCCCACAUGUGAGGGAAUUAUCAGCAUAGAAAUCAUAACAAGCAAAGUAUACAGUAGACUACAUAAAAUAAAGUAUUUUUUAAUAAAUGUAUUUUUAAUAUUAAUUAUAUCCCCAAAAUAUUUCAAAAAUACAUCUGGCCAUCUAAAAUCAAUUAAUAGCCAAAUUCUUUCUCCUGCAUGCAUGCACACACUGCUUGGGCAUGUUCAGACUAAAUGUCAGCUCAUUCGGGCCGAAUUAUUUUAUUUUAAACGUACAAAUAACAUAAUUGUUUAAUUCUUAUUAUUUCAUAUUUAAUUACAGAUCUGCUUCUGAGUCAGAACCUGGCACCAUCAAAUCUGUAUCAAUGCAUCAUCUCUUACAAUAAUUAAUUGAAGACUUGUAAACAACUGAAAAAUUUACUUUUUACCUCCAAAUUUUUGUUUAAUAUGUGAUAUUUAAUAUGUGAUACAAAUUAAAUGUAUGAUGCAGCAGUUUCCUUUUUCAACAAAAAAGAAAGAAGUAAAAUUUUUUGGGCAACAGGAAGCAUUGUAAUUCCAAAAUUGUACUGUAAUAAAACCAUUUAGACUUUGGUUUAAUGAAAAAAAUGAUCUGAACCAGUUAUUAACCGUUUACCAACAUUUGAAAAUAAAGUUUUCAUUUCAGAACAAUUUAAAGGGACUUCAUUCCUGUUUUCGAUUCCAUUCUGCAAAAAAUUGUGCUCGUUUUUGGUUUUCAUUUUCGUUCCUUGGAAUGUUUUCAGUUCAUUUUAAUUAUUAUUCAACAUACUUAUAAAUUACUUAUUAGUUUGAACAGAGAUGAACAUCAUAGAUAUGUAAAUUGCUUUACUUUCUUAUAGAUGCAGCUUCUUGUGUCACAUUGUGUACAAUUGUAUUGUUUUCUAUUUAUCAUUAAUGUGUAAUUUCUGUUUUGUUCUGUAUAUGACAGAAACAUUUGCUUUCAAAAAUAAAAACCAACACAAAAAAGUUUGGGGUGAUAUUUCAAUUAGUUCACUAUUGAAAUUAUACAUUUAUUUUGUUUUGGUACAGACAAUAAAUACUACCUGGUACAAUAAAUGACAUAAAAUACAGCCUAUGUUAUUAGCACCGCUAGACUCUAGUUUUUGUAUUGUUUAAGUAUGUUGUUGACAGAACCAGUACGACUACUGCAUGUAGUCUUUGUACACAAAUGUUAACUUAGACAUUGGGUUUACAUACUAAUGUAUAGAAUUAAAAAUUUUGAAACAGUCACAAUCAUGAUUGGUUUAAUACACUGAAUGUAUGGGUAAGUUAAGGUAUUACAUGUUAACUGUUAGUUUAGGAAAAAUGUGAUUAUAUAUUUAAUUUGGUUUUAAAAUAUUUCUUUGAAGAUAACUGCAUGGUAAGUCGUUUCUACAAAAAAUUAGACAAUAAGACAAAAUUAACUAUCCACGCUCCAAAAUGCAAAUCAUCAUUACCAUUCUCUACCACUUACUGUGUAUUACAAAGGAUAGCACAAAUCCCCUUCUUAAUACAAAUCGUAACCUUUAUCCAAAAUCAUUUAUAUAUAUAUAUAUAUUUAGAAAUACGAAAUUAAGAAGGCCACAAGCAUCACAAAUGUUUCUCAAUGAGCAGCAAACCAGGAAUACACACUAUGACAUAAAAUAGUAAAAGUUAAGACUUCCACCUUUUAUUCUACUUAACAAACAUCUUUUAAAUGCACCAAAUUAAAGCAUUUAGCUCUUCAAUGGCCAUUUACAUGAACCACAAUAUUUCCAUAGAUGUACAUACGUAACCAGUAUGUAUCUCUGUACCAUAGAAGAUAAUAAGUAAAGGAUUCACCUUAAAAGAUAAAAAAAAAAAAAAAAAAAAAAAAGAUAAAUAAAAAGAUUGGGGCAAAUGGUGGCAAAAGACUG